AGAGCAUGAGAGCGAAAAAGAAGGAGGGGGGCAAGUGAGGGCUGAAGAGGCUGAGAAAGGAUGGGGAAUGAGAAAGCGUGUGAGCGAGAGAGAAAGAGUGAGCGUGUAUGCUCAGAGUCAGCAGCGAAGACACAGUCUACAAGCUCACAUCAACACCAGAGUGUGCAAGGCAGAGCUGACCAUCGCAACUCUGAAGAGUGACACAAAGAGGAAAGGGACACAGAGAGAGGCAGAAGUGAAGAAGAAUCAGCAGAAGAAGAGAAGGACCGAAGAUAGACUACCAGCCUUCCACGGGUUUUGCCCUCUACACUCCCCAGUCAUGAUCCCUUGGGUCCUUACGCUCCUGUGGAUCUCCGGAUAUGGGGCAGAGGCUAUGUUUUCCCAGCAGCCACAGGACCUGGUGGUGGUGGCAGGCCAGCCUGUGACAUUACCAUGCACUAUCCCUGGUUACCAUGGUGUUGUCCUGUGGAUCAAAGAUGGCUUGGCACUGGGAGUUGGCAGAGACCUCUCUGGCUAUCCUCGUUACACAGUGAUUGGUGACCACAGUUCUGGAGAGCAUCAUUUGCGAAUCCAGCGUGUCGAGCUAAUGGAUGAUGCAGUGUUUGAGUGCCAGGCUGUCCAGGCUGCCAUGAGGUCCCGUCCUGCCCGUCUCACUGUGCUGGUUCCCCCAGAGGACCCUGUCAUCAGUGGAGGGCCGGUGGUGAGCCUAAGGGCUGGUGACCCACUCAAUCUGACAUGCCACGCUGACAACGCCAAGCCAGCAGCCUCAAUCAUCUGGAUCCACAAUGGUGAGGUCCUUAAUGGGGCCAUGUACUCCAAGACCUUGCUCCGGGAUGGUAGGAGAGAAAGCACCGUGAGCACGCUUUACCUAUCACCUUCCAUCAUCGAGACAGGCCAGCAGAUCAUCUGCAAGGCUUCCAACAAAGCAAUUCCCAACGGCAAGGAAACCAGUGUCACAAUUGACAUCCAGCAUCUCCCACUUGUCAAUCUCUCAGUGGAGCCUCAGCCAGUUCUCGAGGGCAACCUUGUGAAAUUCCACUGCUCAGCAAAGGCCAACCCUCCUGUCACACUCUACAGAUGGGCCAAAGGAGGCAGUAUCAUCAAGGAGGUCUCUGGAGACACAUAUGAGGUUAUUGUGGACCACUCCUUCUUUACAGAACCCGUUUCCUGUGAGGUCACCAAUGCUCUCGGCAGCACCAACAUCAGCCGCAGCGUUGAUGUUUACUUUGGUCCUCGGAUGGCAGCGGAGCCUCAGUCCUUGCAGGUGGACCUUGGAUCUGAUGUCGUGUUCAACUGUGCAUGGACAGGAAAUCCGUCUCUUACCAUAGUGUGGAUGAAGAGGGGGUCUGGAGUGGUUCUUAGCAAUGAGAACCUCCUGACGCUGAAAUCCGUGAGACAGGAGGAUGCUGGGAAAUAUGUUUGCCGUGCUGUGGUCCCACGUGUAGGAGCAGGAGAGAAGGAGGUUUCUCUCACUGUCAAUGGGCCACCUACUAUAUCCAGCACGCAGACUCAGCAAGCUUUACAUGGCGAAAAAGGACAAAUCAAGUGUUUCAUUCGAAGUACACCUCCUCCAGACCGUAUUGCCUGGUCAUGGAAGGAAACUGUGCUGGAGUCUGGGACAUCUGGGCGCUACACUGUGGAGACGGUCACCACAGAAGAAGGAGUCAUCUCCACGCUGACCAUGAGUAACAUUGUCCCAGCUGACUUCCAGACCAUCUACAACUGCACUGCUUGGAACAGCUUUGGCUCUGACACUGAGAUCAUACGCCUUAAGGAACAAGGUGGGAGCCAAGAAUCGCUCCCGGUGGCUGUGAUCAUCGGCAUUGCUGUGGGAGCUUUUGUGGCCCUCAUUGUCCUCAUGGGCACCAUUGGAGCAUUCUGUUGCACCCGCUCGCAGAGAAAGGAAGUGCACCUGGUUAUGCCCUCACUGCCCGUCUCCAUCUGUGCUCACCAGAGAGAACUUGCAAGCAAAAUUAAAACAGAAAAUCUGAAAGGAGUUGUGUCGGCGAAAAAUGACAUUCGCGUGGAGAUUGUGCACAAAGACCACAAUGCAGCACGAGAAAAUGAAGAACACUCUUCCAUGAAACAACUGAUGGUGAGUGUUGAACGAGGAGAGUUCCAACAGGAAUCGGUUCUGAAGCAGCUGGAGGUAUUACAAGAGGAAGAGAAGGAGUAUCAGCACAUUAAGGACCCUACAAAUGGCUACUACAGCGUCAAUACCUUCAAAGAGCACCAUACGCCAACCAUGGCAGGGAAUCAGACUACUGAGGUGAGAAACCCCACCAACACAGGUACCCUUGGCAAACAGAGGGUACCGACAGGCAUGUCCUUCACCAACAUCUACUCCACUCUGGGAGCAGGUCCCAACCGUUUGUACGACUACAGCCAGCGCUUUGUGCUGGGCAUGGGCAGCAGUUCCAUUGAGCUAUGCGAGCGGGAAUUCCAGCGUGGCUCGCUCAGCGACUCCAGCUCUUUUAUUGACACACAGUGCGACAGCAGUGUCAGCAGCUACAGUAAGCCAGACGGCUACGUGCAGUUUGACAAAGACAGCAAGGCAUCAGCCUCCUCUUCUUCCCACUACUCACAGUCCUCCUCCCAGAACUCAGACCUCACCCGACCCCUCCAGAAGCGUAUGCAGACCCACGUCUGACCAGGGAUGGAGGGGUGUGUGAACGUGGUGUGAGAGAAUCAGCUCCCAGGAGGUCCUAAAGUAACAAUGUUACUGUGUGUUUCCUGUGGAUGCCUGGAGAUGCCAGGGCUACACUGUCUGACUUGUUCAAACUUCUCAAUGUCCCAAGAAGUGGAUCAAGAAGCCUUAUAAUCCUCAUAGUUAACUCAACCACCUCCUUUUUUAAAACUAAUAAUCAGAAUUGUGCCACAGAGAAGCUAUUUGCCAUCACAGCAUCAACAUUUCUGCAGUGGGAUUCUUAGUGGAUUGGAGGGCAGGGAUACAAAACGUUUUUGUGACAAUCAGCUCCACUGGCAAAGAUCAUUUUGCUUUUUGAAGACUGUCAUUCACAAAAACUGUGAUUGAUGUUCAUUAAAGCACUCAGCAAGAACCCCGUGAUGAUGAGUGCAAGCGAAUGCCCUGCUGCGCUCCCGUAGUUUGAAGCACAAAAAUGAAUGUGCACAUGGUUUUAGCUGUUAAAACGACAACUCUUCACUCCCCCCAAAUUCCUUUCAAACAAUCUAUGUUAAGCUUGGCCUGUUUAAGCUUCUUUCCUCUUUUGGUGGAAAGAAACUUUCUCCCUGUAUCCACAGACAUUUUGAACAUUGAAAAGAAUGGCUGUUUUUCACUCCGCAGCUGUAUCUGGGCCACAGAGCUGAGCAGAUAAAGCGGGGCUGAGAUCUCAUUUUAAAUCCCUGAGUCAUUAUUUUACUUUGACACUCUGUGAUAAAAGAAUAUCAGUGUACAUAUAUGACUGUAAUUUCUUUUCUAGCAUCCAAUUUCUGACUCUGAUUUCCCCUAUGGAGGACUCUAAAUGAGACAUGAAUGCCUCUUCUUGCUCAUAUCUCCUUUGCCUUGAGGGUCUGUUUGAACUCUGUCAAUACAAACUUUGACUAAGCGGGUUAAACAUACACUGUCAGCUCUUCUGUUGAUGGGGAGCUACACCCUACAUGGUGUUACCUCACCAAAUUUAGCUCCAAGGCAUGCAGCAGGAAAGCCCACAAAUGGCACCAUGUGUUGUACUUGUGAGUUUCCUCUGCUACCGCUGCAGAUCAUCAGUCAUAUAUUGUAUUAGGGGGUACCUAUUAAAUGAAAUGUAAACAUUAUAUUUUAGUUAAGCUUCUUAUGGUCAGUAUCACUGUUGACACUGGAGCCUAGUGCAUCCUGGCUGGAUACGUACCUGUGAUCAUGCUGGUCAUCAAGGGACAGGACAAGGAAACUUGUGUUGAGCUGAUGGUGCCACGCCGACGCUAUUCGAGUGCAUCAUUUUAUUUUGCUCUGUUCUUCACUGUAUGUGAAACAUAUGAAACUGGUUUUAUUAUUUAAUCACUGACACUACAGUAUAUUUGUUUUAGUUGAGACUAGAGACAGGGUAGUGUUGUAUCUUGCAGCUACACAUACACUCAUACUUCACAUAACAUUUUAAAGUGAGCCUCUUGUACAAGAGUGUCAUAGCCAUGCACUGUGCAUGUUUUGUGGCAGAAAACAAAGUAAUGCCUGGGGAGUUUUGCUUGCUUGUAGUAUUGAACACUGAGAAUCCCAUUGUAGAUGUGUGCAUAGUGCAGAUACUGUAAAGCAGAUGUGCUAGCCUGGAUGCUACCACACAUCACACUGUGUCGAGUUAAAUUUGGACUCCUACAUAAGAUAUCUGUGACCAGAACUUGUUGUCUCCAUAAGCUGUGUUAAAGCAGGCACUGACUGAUAAGGGCAACCCUUUAUGUAAACAUAAACCAUUUCUGUACCAGCCACAGUUCAAUCAUACAUUUGAUUUUAUCUACCAAAAGCCUCAAAUAUCUGCUGGUUUUCAAGGUCUGUUCCAUUCACACUUUAUAGAAUCAGCUUGUUUAUUAUUUGAUCAGUUCUUUGGAGGUUAAAGAGGAGUUCCUGGAAAACAAACAGCAACAUGCUGUAAAACAGUACUGGCUCACUUUUGUUUUAUCAAAUCAAACAAACAACUUGUCACAAAGUUUUAAAGGUCAUUACAUAUACGCUAGUUUUAAUUAGGUGGUGUAUUGAUAGUGCAGCUGCCAACUAAGUUAUCCGAAACUAUGAAAUCUGCUUCUCGACCCGUGAAAUACUGAAGCAAGGCAUUUCUGACAAAGCCCACUUGUUGUUGUAAGCACUUUACAUAUGAUUACAUUAAAGACAUUUGAAUGGGGCUUUCCACUCGAGUGGCAGCAGUUUGGACUCUAAUUUUAAAAAUGGAUUGGUGCCCAUUGUACAGCUUAGACAAAAAGCUCUGUUUCAAUGCUGAUAAUCCAGCUUGGCACUUAGCAAACUGUAUAUAAAUCUCUAAUGCUGUCUCUCUCUGUAUAUAAUUUUCCUGGCUUUUCUUUCUUUCUCAGUCAGAUUUCAGUAUAUUAGGGCUCAACAAACCCACACAUCAUCAAAACUGUACAGACAGACAGACAAUCAUUUUCUCUUGUUUCUCUUUUAAAAAUUUCAUCGACCUUGCUUGUUCCUCACAAAUUACAUAAAAGGCUUUUUGUGAGCAGUUUCUCUUCCCCCAGAUCUCAGAGGGAACACUCACACACAGGAGGCUAUAGGAUGGGAAGAUUAUACUUGUAUAGCGCCUUUCUAUGCUUUCACAACACACUCAAAGCGCUUUCACAUUAUUCGGCCAUUCACCC